AUGGCUUCCGAACGAGCCGUGACUCAAUUACAAGGCGUCCAACCUUUUGCUUUGGGCUUCUCGCUUCUAUUGUCGUACAUCAUCGGGACUGUAAUCUACAGGCUAUACUUUCAUCCCCUCGCUAAAUACCCAGGUCCGACAUUGGCAAAGAUAUCUUCGUUUCCAUCAUGGUGGCAUACAAGGAAGCAGAGUAGACAUUUAUGGAUGCUCAGGUUACAAGACCAAUAUGGUCCCGAGUUUCGAUACCAGCCCAAUGCCGUAUGCAUCAAUACCCCGGAUGGCCAACGGCAAAUCUAUGGCCAUCGAGGGAACGUGAGGAAAGGCGACUCCUACGUUAUAUGGAGGCGUACCAUUGACGCAUUGAAUACUUGGAAUUCGACUUCCAAUGAGAUCCAUGCUCGCAAACGGCGAGUGUUGAACUAUGCCUUCUCCGAGUCCGCUAUUCGUACUGCAGAACCCUUCAUUCACACCAAUAUAGAUCGGUGGAUCGAACUUCUCGGUCAACACCAGAGAGAGGGUAGCGAAUGGAGUGACUCAAUUGACAUGUCGCCGCAGACGUCUCACUUGGUAUUUGACAUUCUUGGGGAUCUUUGCUUUGGCAAAUGCUUCGAUAUGAAGGAACCUGGAAGUGAUCUGAAAAGUGUGCCCGAAACACUGACAGGUUAUAUCAAGGCACUGGCACCUACUGCUUGGGCGCCAUGGAUCUCCAUCUGGAUAUGGCUCAAGCCUAGAGGCCUGGACAAGCUAUUAGCACGGGCCGCUCCUGUUGAUGUUAGGUCAUGGUAUCAAUUCGUCGCUAGCUGCCAGAAGGCUCGUACACAGCAACAAAUCGAGUAUGAGAAGGCACCGAGAUCUGAUGGGCGAAAAGACUUUUUCCACUAUCUCUGGCAAGCUAAAGACCCAGAGACAGGAGUUGGCUAUUCGCUCCCAGAACUGGAAGCCGAGAUUGGCCUCUUGAUAGUUGCGGGAUCAGAUACGACAGCUACCGUCUUGUCAGCCCUCUUCUUCUACCUCACCCGCAAUCCCAGUGUGCAGGAGAAACUCGCCAAGGAGAUUUUGAAUGUGUUUGCCAACUACGAUGAUAUCAAAGGCGGGAACAUACUCAAAUCAUGUCGCUAUCUUACUGCCUUCAUACAAGAAGGCAUGCGCAUGGCCCCUCCCUUCAGCGCGACUCCAAGCCGCCAAGUCCUUGAUGGCGGCAUCACAGUCAACAACAAAUACCUCCCCAAAGGUACCCUCGUCAGCACCGCCAUCUGGGCCGCACAAUACAAUCCCGCCUCCUACUCCGAACCCUUCGCCUUUCGCCCAGAACGCUGGAUCGUUGGCGAAGCAGGCUCAACCGAGGAAAGCGUUGCGCUAGCCGAAAGCGCCUUCUGCGCUUUCUCGUCAGGUCCCCGUGGCUGCGUAGGCAAAAACAUAGCGUGGCUGGAGAUGCGGAUUGUGAUUGCAAAAUUCAUCUGGACCUAUGAGGUUAUGAAGGAUCCGGAGAGUAACCUCGGUGGUGGCAGCAAGGACGGUGAAUGGGGACGCACAAGAGAGGAUCAGUAUCAAUUGUGGGAUAUGUCCGUUGCGCAUCGUGUAGGACCCAAGGUACUAUUGAAGAAGCGGGAACAUUAG